GCAGCGUUCAGUCUAGAGAUACUGUAGAGCAGCCUGUUUCGUCGGCUCCCUGCCGUCAGCAGCAGCAGCAGCAGCAUCAUCGUACUCCACCGGGUCUGGUGGAAGUGAGAGAGGGGAUGGUCCACCAGAGCAUCAGACGCGGAACCGAAUGACAGUCGUGAGACCGUAAUGGCCGUCGACGUGUGCAAGUUUCCGAAUGUGGAAGGAAAGCACAGAACCAUGUUGCUUUAAAUUGUGACCUGUGGUGAACGGGGGAGGCAGAAGAAGAGGAGGAGGAGGAAGAGUGAGGCGUAGGCAGGCAAAGAGUGAUCUGCCACAGCUCCCAGCAGGUGGCCCCUUUUGUGAGCAGGAAGCAAUGGGCAACGCCGCCACCAAGUUCCGUAAGGCGCUUGUGAGCGGCGACGAGGCUCUGGCCUGGCAGCUGUACGAGGGCAACCCUCAGUUCAGGGACGGCCUGGACCCGAACGCGUCGUACGGAGAGCAGUACCAGCACAACACACCUCUGCACUACGUCUGCCGCCAUGCCAUGACACGUCUGCUCAGGUCCUUCCUGUUCAGCAAAGAGGGAAAUCCUAACAAGCGCAAUGUGCACAACGAGACGUGCCUCCACGUGCUGUGCCAAGGCCCGCAGAUCCUGCUGCUGCCCGAGGGGGCGCUAUCGCCGCGGCUGGCCCGCCCGCAGAGGGACGAGCAGCGCCGUGCAGACUGCCUUCAGAUGAUCCUGAGCUGGACCGGGGCCAGACUGGAGGGAGGCCAGUACGAGAGGGCCAACGUCAACGCCACCGAUAACCAUCACAGCACCUGUCUGCACUACGCUGCUGCUGCAGGCAUGAAGAGCUGCGUGGAGCUGCUGAUCCAGAGCGAAGCGGACCUUUUCGUGGAGGACGAGGACAAGCUGACGCCGUGCGACCACGCCGAGCGGCACCACCACACUGAGCUGGCUCUCAGCCUGGAGUCUCAGAUGGUUUUCUCCUCCGCCGCGCCUCAGCAGUCAAACGGAGAYGCUCACAGUGAAACCGGCCUGCUGCACUACAAGGAGCCUUACGAGGGCCUGAAGCUGCAGGAUCUGCGCCGGCUGAAGGACAUGCUGAUUGUAGAGACGGCAGACAUGCUGCAAGCCCCCCUUUUCACAGCUGAGGCCUUGCUACGAGCACAUGACUGGGACAGAGAGAAGCUUCUUGAAGCCUGGAUGUCUGACGCUGAGGGCUGCUGCCAGCGCUCCGGCGUCUCCAUGCCAACCCCGCCGCCCAGUGGCUACAACGCCUGGGACACCCUGCCGUCUCCCCGCACUCCAAGGACCCCGCGAUCACCCCUGACACUCACCCUCACCUCCCCCACCGACAGCUGCCUCACUCCUGGAGAGGAGGGCCUGGCCACGUGUGGCAUCUGCCUCUGCUCCAUCUCAGUCUUCGAGGACCCGAUCGACAUGUCCUGCGGCCACGAGUUCUGCAGAUCCUGCUGGGAGGGAUUCCUAAAUGUAAAGAUCCAGGAGGGCGACGCUCACAACAUCUUCUGCCCGGCGUACGAGUGCUACCAGCUGGUGCCGGUGCACGUGAUCGAGAGCCUGGUUUCCAGAGAAAUGGACCAGCGGUAUCUACAGUUUGAUAUCAAGGCCUUUGUGGAGAACAAUCCAUCCAUCCGCUGGUGUCCUGUGGCUCGCUGUGAGCGGGCCGUGAGGCUCACCAGACCGGGCCCCGGGGACAACGACCCUCACAGCAUCCCACUGCUGCCCUCUCCUGCUGUAGACUGUGGCAAGGGUCAUCUGUUCUGCUGGGAAUGCCUCGGCGAGGCCCACGAACCGUGUGAUUGUCAGAUGUGGAGAAACUGGCUCCAGAAAGUCACCGAGAUGAAGCCCGAGGAGUUGGCAGGAGUGAGCGAGGCCUACGAGGACGCUGCUAACUGCCUGUGGCUGCUGACCAACUCCAAACCAUGUGCCAACUGCAAGUCGCCCAUUCAGAAGAACGAGGGCUGCAACCACAUGCAGUGUGCCAAGUGUAAAUAUGACUUUUGUUGGAUUUGCCUUGAGGAGUGGAAGAAGCACAGCUCGUCUACAGGAGGCUACUAUCGCUGUACUCGCUACGAGGUCAUCCAGCAGCUUGAGGAGCAGUCUAAAGAGAUGACAGUCGAGGCAGAAAAGAAGCACAAAAGUUUCCAGGAACUAGACCGUUUCAUGCACUACUACACUCGCUUCAAGAACCAUGAACAUAGUUACAAGUUGGAGCAAAAGCUGCUAAAAACKGCUAAAGAGAAGAUGGAGCAGCUGAGCCGAGCCUUCAUUUGCCGUGAGGGAACCUCUCCAGACACGCGAUUCAUCGAGGACGGCGUGACCGAGCUGCUGAAGACGCGGCGCAUUCUGAAGUGCUCUUACCCGUACGGCUUUUUCCUGCAGCAGGGCAGCACGCAGAAAGAGAUAUUUGAGCUCAUGCAGACCGACCUGGAGAUGGUGGUGGAGGAUUUGGCCCAGAAGGUCAAUCGGCCGUACCUGAGGACGCCACGCCACAAGAUAAUCACAGCAGCGUGUCUGGUGCAGCAGAAGAGGCAGGAGUUCCUGGCCUCGGUGGCUCGUGGCGUCGCUCCCAACGACUCUCCUGAGCCUCCACGCAGGAAUUAUCCCGGAGGAUCAUGGGACUGGGAGUACCUUGGCUUCGCCUCUCCUGAGAUGGGAAGCCGUCACUCUGUGCUGGGAGCCAGCGAUCCCAGAGACAGACAGGCCCAGGAUUAUGCUGACAUCCAGUACCGUCGUAGACACAGACCCCGGCGCAGAGGAGACAUGCUGAGUCUGCACAGCCUCCGAAGCAGCAGCAACACACCUGAGACCAGCAGGAGGAGUGAGAACACAGAGGAGAGGAGCGAGGGUUGCAGGAGGGCACUGGGCUCCCUCGAUGAAGACGACCCCAACAUCCUGCUGGCCAUCCAGCUGUCGCUCCAGGAGUCCCGCAGAGAGCGGGGCCUGGAGGGGGAGCUGGAGCUGGACCGAGGGGAGGAGAGGAGGCCGGGUCCCGGGGGAGAUUUGUCCGAGGUGGCUUUGCACUCUCUUACUGCCGAGGAUCCUCCAGGAGCCAGAGGCUUCCCCAUUUCCCUCCUAGAUCCUCCUCGCCCCCCAAACCGAACAGAUUCCAGCUCGCAGCCAUCCAGCUCCCUCCCC